AUGACUUUAACUCCUGCUCCGUCGAUGACAAGAUCUCAUGGCACGAGUUACCCACCGCCAUCUCCUCACGCUCUCAUCCUCCGGCACUGUCAAAUCGAUCUCUUUGGAAGAGGAAUGAUGUUAUCAUCUCUCACGGAUAUGCACCGCAUCAGAACCUCUGACGAUGGUCUGAGCAGGAUCCACCGCAAAAAUCGGCCAGACUUCUCGCACACCGUCGAUGCCGUCAUCUAUCACGGAGGUCAUGUAUCUCUCGCGUCUACCACGUGA